AUGAUAUUAGAACUCGUGCCUCUUGGUCAUGUUUGGGAUGACCUUCCCAUUUUGGGAUGGGCGUACUUCAAAAGAUUAGCAUGGUGCGAAUUCGGAUGUGAUGAAGGAGAGCUUUGGAUAGAUCCCAAGCAAGGAACAUUGAUUUCUGGACUGGAGGGGCCAGAGUGUGCCUAUGUUAGAAAAUUCAAAUUGGAGACCCUGCCAAUGUCAUCAGAUAUUGACCUUCUCCAGGAGGACGUUUUCUGGCGCUAUCUCUCAGGGGUCGAGCCGAAGGAUAGGAGUUUUGAUGAACGCGUUAUUAAAAUGCUUGCGUUACAGUAUGGUUGGCCUGCUUGGACACGGGCCGAUGAGCCUUGUGCCACCAGUGUAUAUUCGACCUUGACGGGAUCCACAAUUGCAGUCACAAGUGUGCUGUGGAACUCGGAUAAAUGCUUCGACGACAGAGGACUUAUGCCAGACGGUGCAACAAGAUUCACUCUGGUCAAUGUUCGUGAGAAUGUCUUUUUCUGGCUACACAACCAUAUGGACCACACUGCAUGGCUCUCGCAAGCUUUGGCUGUGUUCCACAAACUCGGAAUAUCACUGGACGAAGAUCUCCGUUAUUACCGUGAGGUCUCUUUCUUCUGGUUCCUGAUUGACACCGACCCGUUCCGAAGGUCUCAGUGGGCCAGAUCUUGA